AGGACCCAGCAGGCGGCGGCAGGCGGCAGUUGUGUAGAUCGCUGAGACACUACGAGGGUCCGGUUCAGUUUUAAUUCUGUCUCUAAUCUGCAACAGCAGUGCUUCCUGGGUCCCGCGGCUCCCCUGCCUACUCAGCCGCCGCUGGCCACCGGGCGAAAAUCAGAGCCGCCUCCGCCCCAUCAGCCACCAUGGAAACCUUCCAAGAAAAAGUGACCCCGGACGCGUCUGCCUGAGGAUUCCGCACAAAAGAGGUGCCCAAAAUGAAGACCCUGGUGCGCCAUGGUCUGGCAGUGUGUUUAGCGCUCACCACCAUGUGCACCAGCUUGUUGCUCGUAUACAGCAGCCUCGGCGGCCAGAAGGAGCGGCCCCCGCAGCAGCAGCAGCAGCAGCAGGCAGCGGCGACUGGCAGCGCGCAGCGGUCGGCGGAGAGCAGCCCCCCGCCGCGCCCCAAAACCCCCGCGGGACCGCGGCCGCUGGAGGGAUACCUUGGCGUGGCGGACCACAAGCCCCUGAAAAUGCACUGCAGGGACUGUGCCCUGGUGACGAGCUCAGGGCAUCUGCUGCGCAGCCACCAAGGCCCCCAGAUCGACAAGACGGAGUGUGUCAUCCGCAUGAACGAUGCCCCAACGCGGGGCUACGGGCGUGACGUGGGCAACCGCACGAGCCUGAGGGUCAUCGCGCAUUCCAGCAUCCAGCGCAUCCUGCGCAACCGCCACGACCUGCUCAACGUCAGCCAGGGCACCGUGUUCAUCUUCUGGGGCCCCAGCAGCUACAUGCGGCGCGACGGCAAGGGCCAGGUCUACAACAACCUGCAGCUCCUGAGCCAGGUGCUGCCCCGGCUGAAGGCCUUCAUGAUCACGCGCCACAAGAUGCUGCAGUUUGAUGAGCUCUUCAAGCGUGAGACCGGCAAAGACAGGAAGAUCUCCAACACUUGGCUCAGCACUGGCUGGUUCACCAUGACAAUUGCCCUGGAGCUCUGUGACAGGAUCAAUGUGUAUGGCAUGGUGCCCCCAGACUUCUGCAGGGAUCCCAAUCACCCUUCGGUACCUUAUCACUACUACGAACCUUUUGGACCCGAUGAAUGCACAAUGUACCUCUCCCAUGAGCGAGGCCGGAAGGGCAGUCAUCACCGCUUCAUCACAGAGAAACGCGUCUUUAAGAACUGGGCACGGACAUUCAAUAUUCACUUUUUUCAACCAGACUGGAAACCAGACUCAUUGGCUGUAAAUCAUCCUGAGAACAAACCCGUGUUCUGAGGAAUGUGUGUGGUCAGGCUGAAUUCCCAAGGACCACGGUAUCAGAUAUCAGACAUCCGGCCACUGAACCUCCUGAACCACCAGACACAAAAGAGGAACAGACCUGGUCGCAGGGAUGGCUUCAUACCCCAGGAGGUACCACAGACAGAGGCAUGAUUGCAGAACCGUGCCCUUGGCUUGUGAGGGAAUAUUCCAGAAAUGGAUCCAUCCCGAUGAGUGUUGUCCCUUUCAAAAGGGGUUACCUAAGGCGCUGAAGACUCAUUUCCGUGAUGCUGCCAUGGCUAAAAACAUUUUGGCUCUCUUUAAGUAUUGCCUUUGAAACGGAAAUGUGAGCAACUCAACCAUAUUACUUGUGCUCCUUUAUAGAAAUAUCACAUCAAAAGACAUUUUUUUUUUCUAUCAAACUGUAUCCCCACCUGAGCUAUAACCUUUGUCAUCUGUUGGACUCUGUACGUGUGAUUUGUAAAAAGCAGCCUGAGAGUAUGGAUGUGAUUUCUGAAGAGUACAUCUCCCUGACUUUCAUAAAGCGAAUGCCCAAUAUUUAUUUAUUGAGAGUUUUUUAGUGCGCUCUCUGCCAGUAUUUUUAUAGAUUAUGAUUAUGUGGUUAUUUGUCCUUCCUCACUCUUUAAUUCCAAGUGACGGCUGGAAAAGGCCUGGAACUGGGAGGUGGUUUGGGGCUUGGAAAUAUCGCAUUGCAGUUUUUGAACCCUCGGGCUUCGAGAACAGCGAUGACAUUUUCCAAUGUGCAAAAAUAUUCCAAACGACAAAAUGAAAACCCAUACCUGUGUCAUUCAAACAAAAAAGAUACCAACAAGAGAAACUUAAAAAGAUAGUUUGCCUCAGUAAUAAUUGAUGUAGGUCACUUUCCUUAAGCCCUAGUUUCCUCUUCUGCAAAAUGAUGUCGUCACUGUACCAGAUGACCCCUUAAAUGUCAUUCCAAAUCUGAAAUUCUCUCAAAGAGCCUCUCAUUGACCCAUGCAAGGACUUUGCGCUUGGAAUGGUGGGGCUCCCACAGUAGCAGGAGCCUUAUAUUUUAGGGGGCCUUUAUUCCCCUACUACCUAUCUCCCUCUUGUGGUUGAAAAAAUACCUCCUCCCUGGUCCCCAUUGGAAUAAUUCCAUCCUCUGCUUCUCUGGUGCUUCUUGCACCAAAAAAAAAAAAAAAAAAAAAAGAGAGAGAGAAGGAGAGAGAGAAACAUCCAUGCAAUUCCCUGGCUACAAGAGCAAGGAACUGCACUUCUGUGAGUCUGUGAGGAGAAAAUACCAGGAGGUUCCCCAUCAUACGACUCGCUUAUCUUAUGAACUACUCAGAUUGACUCACUGCAAACCUUACAGUAUUUUCACUGCCGUUCCCUGGUCUGCAGGAGUAUAAAGGACUUAUUUUAUUCAGAGCCAAGAUAAGCUAGUAUGAAAGAUUUUCAUUUACACAAGUAACAUUGCUCAAAAGUAGCCUUUUGAAAAUAUACCGAUGUUUUCUUUACACAUAACUUAGGAGGCAUUAAUUUCCCUAAUGUUGAAUGUGAAGGCACCAGCAAAUAUUACGGAUGGAGACUGACAUUGUUUUACAAAACAUGACCUGGUGUUUGAUUAAAGGUGGUUUCUCAUAGUUCCACCUCUUUUCCCUUUCCUUAAUUAGCACUAAGUUUCCAUUCCCCUGCACUAACUAGUACUAUCCAUUAUAUGGAGUACUGUUGUUGCAAUGUAAACACAGCUCAGAUAUUUAUAUAGCAAAAAAAAAAAAAAAGUGUUGGUUUUAUUGUGAUGUGACUGGAGCUGUAAAAAGCCAAUGCCACUGAAAGGUCUGUCCAAUACAUACUGGGAUGUGUUCUUUAAUUUUUCUCAGUUUUGAAAGAGAAAGAAGAAUUAGAUUCCAGCACAGUGUCUUCUACAGCAUGGACUCUGAACAGACAGUACUUUAUGAACUUAUGAAAAGGCAUAAGAAUUUUACAUAAAUGAUUCAUAAGCCACCUUUCCCAUCACUGGAAGAGAUUAUAUUGCUCAGAUGUAAGUAGCUCCUUUAACAAGUUUUGUAUUUUUAGGGAAAUUUGGAAAGGUGUUCUUGGGACCUGCAAAGAUGUACCUAAGUUACCUAAUCUAAUAAUAGCGCAAAUGUCUGUAUUAUCCUCAAGUUUUAGGGUUUUGUUUUCUCUUUGAAGACAGUGUGAUAGCUCCAUCUUUUUUGUAACGUUUCCUUCUCCAAUACUCAACAGAGUGUAAAGCAAAGGAAUUCUGAAAUUCCUGGCUUCCUUGGGAAGUAUUUUAAAUCUACAUGUGGCUAGGAUAUGUAUGUGAGUUUAUAUUUUUUAAAACAUGGUGUAAAUAUGUAAGAAAUGAUCACUGGGGCAGUGGUGUGGAUUAUAGCAUUUAAAGAAAAUAUUUAGAAUUCUGAUAGAUUGUGCUGCUGGACCUGGUUGUGGGCAAUUGAACCCUUAUCUUGCCACUGUCAUUUCAUGACUAUCAGUCUUAACACCAUUCAACACCAUUAAAAUCAACUCUGAUAUAAAAGACUGCAAAA